CUAAUAACGGCAAAUUCUAGUCACGUGCAGGAGCUAAACAACCUUCACAUCAUGACAACGCGUUUUUAGCGGAAAUGACGUUGUGAGACAAUUUCUGCCAAGAUGGCGGCGUCCUUAAGGGGUCUGAGUGGCUUUAUCGGGAGGACUGCGAUCAGGGGUUUGGUGAGAAAAUCACAGCCCAUAAGAUAUGGGGUAAGCAGAAAUAGGUCCACACAAGCAUUAACCCAAGCAGUUUUAAAUGUACCAGAGACUAAAGUGACCACAUUGGAGAAUGGACUUCGAGUUUCUUCAGAAGACUCUGGACUUUUAACUUGCACGGUUGGACUCUGGAUUGAUGCUGGAAGCAGGUAUGAGAAUCAGAUGAAUAAUGGAACUGCACAUUUUCUGGAGCACAUGGCAUUUAAGGGAACUAAAAACCGUUCCCAGCUUGACUUAGAGCUAGAAAUUGAAAAUAUGGGUGCUCAUCUUAAUGCAUACACUUCUCGAGAGCAGACUGUGUACUAUGCAAAAGCUUUUUCCAAAGAUCUGCCGAGAGCAGUGGAAAUCCUUGCAGACAUUAUUCAGAACAGCACUCUAGGUGAGGCUGAGAUUGAACGGGAAAGAGGAGUCAUCUUACGGGAGAUGCAGGAAGUGGAGACCAAUCUACAAGAAGUGGUUUUCGAUUAUCUGCAUGCAACAGCUUACCACAACACUGCCCUGGGAAGGACAAUCCUUGGACCCACAGAAAAUAUCAAAUCCAUAAAUCGCAAUGAUUUGGUGGAGUAUAUAACAACACAUUACAAAGGGCCUAGAAUAGUUCUGGCAGCUGCAGGAGGUGUAUCACAUGAUGAAUUGCUCCACUUGGCAAAGUUUCACUUUGGUAAUUUACCAUCCACGUAUGAAGGGGAAACCCUUCCUCCGUGCUCCUUCACAGGUAGUGAGAUCCGAGUUCGAGAUGAUAAAAUGCCACUUGCACACAUUGCAGUUGCCGUAGAAGCAGUGGGUUGGUCUCAUCCAGACACAAUCCCACUCAUGGUUGCCAAUACACUUAUUGGAAACUGGGACAGAUCAUUUGGCGGUGGUGUGAAUUUAUCCAGUAAACUAGCCCAGCUCACAUGCCAUGGAAACCUCUGUCACAGCUUUCAGUCGUUCAACACAUGUUACACAGACACUGGACUCUGGGGGCUCUAUAUGGUGUGUGAACCCAACACGGUGGAAGAUAUGAUGCAUUUUGUUCAGAGAGAAUGGAUCCGACUCUGUACUAGUGUGACUGAAAAUGAGGUGGCGCGUGCUAAGAAUCUGCUAAAAACAAACAUGUUGCUUCAGCUGGACGGGUCAACACCUAUCUGUGAGGAUAUUGGUAGGCAGAUGUUAUGUUACAACCGCAGAAUUCCACUGCCUGAACUUGAAGCAAGAAUUGAUACUAAAGGAGAGGAUAGCCCAGUGAAAUCAAGAACCCUGAACAGAGGAGAAACUCUGAUGCCUCACCAGCUAGUAUGUGGUAAGGGAGCAAGUUGACUGAGCCCGGACCUGAAAUGGCCAUGGCCGACCCAUAAUUGCAAAUGAUCAGAUGAUGGUGGAGCAGAUCCACCUUGCGAAGUAGGCCUUCUGGCCCCUUUUAGGAUCAUCUGGCAGAACAAAUAUGCAACUGACCUGUGGAGGUCCUUGGACAAAUGGAAGUAGACUUGAAAAGACCUAACCACAUCAAGAUUGUAGAGACUGUGUUCCCUGGGAUGACGAGGCUCUGGACAAAAGUAUGCCACAACGAUAUACUGGUUUAAGUGGAACUCAGAAGCCUUCAAGAAGGAGAAGAUUUGUCCCUCACUGAAGAUCUGGGGGGUCCCUGUCUGAGGACUUUCACCAGGCAAUGAAGGCAUGCCACACACUAGAAAGGAAUAGCCUCUGCUGUAGCCCCCUUCCAGUCUGGGACUAGAGCUUCAAAAUCCAUGCUAUUUAAGCCAGCCAGUUAAUUCAGGUGGACAAUGGGCCCCUGUGAAAAAAGGUUUUUGCCUAAUGGCAGGUGCAGAGGUUCAUCCAUUGCCAUGGAUACAAUGUUUGUGAACCAUGAUUGCCAUGGCCAAAAAGGGGUGACUAGGAUGGACUUUGUGCCCUCCUGCUUGAUCUUCUUUAGGUCUCUGGGAGGACUGCCAGAGGCAGAAAUACGUACAUCCUUGCCUAGUGCCAGUGGGCCAGCUUGUGGUUGUAACAAGAAACCAUGAUGUCCACUUGAGAAAGGCCCCAUCAGAACAAUUCCUUCCAAUCAACAUAUUGGAAAUAAAAGGGAUUUGAACAGCUGGGGAUGAAGGCUCCACUCCCCCUGAUCUAGUGUCCCAUGGCUCAAGAAUCUGCUUGCCCUGGGAUGUGGACUGCUGACAGGGCCAUCAAGUUGUCCUCUGCAUAGGAGAGAAUCCGUUCUGCUUCUCUCAGGGCAGCGUGACUGCAUACUCCCCUGGUGGUUCAUGCCACUGCAGUCAUGUUGUCGGACUGGAUCCAGGCAGCAAGGCCCUUCAGGAUCUGCCCAAUGUGUUAAGGUCAGAAAGAUUCCUCUUAGUUCCAAUAAGUUGAUUGGAAGGAAUUGUUCCGACAGGUCUCACCGCCCUUGAUCCACGUGGGAGUCCAGGAUCCCUCCCCAGCCUUUGAGGCUGGCAUCAGUCGUGAUUGCCAUCCAGGAAUGAUUAGGGAAAGGCUCUGUCUGAUAGCGGUCUUUGUUGUUGUAGCCACCAAGAAAUCAAGUCCUGAACACCUCGUUGUAUCUGCAUGAACAAGCCCAGAUUCAGAUGAUCCGACUUCAGGUGCUGCAGGAUCGUGCUCUGUAGGGGCCUGGUGUGGAGUUGGGCAUAUGGAAUUGCUGGAAAGCUUGAGACAAUUGUCCCCAGGGUCCUUAUGGCCAUACACAUUGGGAUCUUUAAUGCUGAUUGAGUAGAGAUGUUGGUUGAGGCACUUAAUCUUCUCUGGUGUGAGGAAGGCCUGCUGCCUAUUGUAGUCUAUGAUCAAGCCAAGAUACUCCUUGCACUGUGAUGGGGACAGGCUGGACUUCUUGUAGUUGAUUAUUCAUCCCAUUUGUGAGAGCGUGCUGAGCAUGGUGGAUGUGUGAGCCACUGUGACUGGUUCCGAAGGCGCCUUAAUCGGCAAGUUAUCUAGGGGUAGUAUCACCUUGAACCCCUGGAUUCUGAAAUGUGCCCUAUAAGUGCCACUAUAAUAGGAAACUGCACAAAAAUGGAUGCAAAUGCAUUAUUUAUAUCUAAAGGUUGUCCCAUACAGCAUGCCUGUUUUAUCUAACAUUCCUUACUGUAACAUUAUUUCCAGCAUUUUUCCUUUCCAAUCGUUUCCUAUAAUGUUACUGCACCUGUAGAGAUAUCAGGGGUCAACAGAUAAAAGACUGACACAUCUGUGAGGCUGAUGCCACACAUGACGGAUUCUUGGCCUGCGAAUCAGCCCUUACUCUGGCAUCAGCAUUCUUCCUUGCCUGCAUUGUGUCAGCCCAGAUACAGACACACAGCAGAUAUCAGCUCUAAAAUGCAAAUUUGUUUCUUCCAAGGCUGCAAAUCAGCCUUUUGGCAUUAGCCUUAAAAGUAACAAAAGGCUUUGAAUGAACAACAGUUUUCUUCAUGUAGAGCAGUGCUGUCCACAACUUCUGUUGUACCGAGGGCCGGAAUUUUUCCGACCUACGUGGUGG